AUGAAGAAGAAGAAGGCGGGGGAUAAGAAGAAGGCGGGGGAUCACUUGCGCGCUGUAGCUCGCGACGGCCGGGAAGGCGCGCGCCUCCAUCCAGGUUUUCUGCUGCAAAGCACCCCCCCACAGCCGCGUCCGUACGCCACACGCACACUCCUAUCUAUCCACCGAGUGGUCGGUGUACGCUGUGGUCGUGUCCGUCCGUACAGCACCACUCCUCCCGUCCCUCCGCUGGCGCAGUCACCGUCGUCACCCAAGCCGUCGUCGCCGCGUCACAAGAAGCCCCACAUCACGGCUGUGAGCGGCGGCGACGUCGCCCAGCGCACCUUUGCGCUUCCCCUCUCCCGACCAGUCGGCCGCGGCGCCAGGGGGUUCCUUCGUCCAUUCGUCGUGCGGUCGUGGAGGACGCGGCGCGGCGCACCUCCAAGUUUUCUGCUGCAAAGCAGCCAACCACAGAGCCCCCCCGACAAGUGCAGCAACACGACAAGAUGGUGGUGAGGUCGGUAAGUUUUGUGGCUAGUCCCUGCUUGCCUCUGCUGGAGAUGCCAAGAGAUUAUGCUGCCCUGAUAGAAAGGCACCGCGACGGAAUAGAUGAGGUGCGGUGUCUGCUGCAGCGGCGCGGCAAGUCGUGUCUACCGAAGCUGCCGGAGGGUCUACUACCCUUCAGCAUUCUCGACGACAGGGUGGUGGUCAGGUAUUUGCUGCAGUUCCCCAGCGCACAGAAAGCGGGUCCGUACACGCCGAAACACUCAAGCACCACCCCAUCCCACCUGCACGUGCUUGUGUGUGUGUUUGUGUGUGGGGGGUUGCAGCCAAUGCGAUGGAGAAGGCGAUGAAGUGGCGGAACGACAACAGAGAUAUCGUCAAGGUCAAGACGACACAGACAGACGAUCAGAGACCAUCAGCCAGCGGUGCAUUGGGGUAUGAAUCUUGCACUGUCGCAGGCUGCGCUGGACGGCGUGCCGCCCCCCAUGUCGCCGGAGAAGGCCGCUGUGGUGGCGCAGUACUUUGCCGUCGGGCUCCACCCCAACAGACGCAGACCGCACAACAUCCUACUGCUGCUCAGGCUAGGUACAGCAGCCACACACAGAGACGCCCGUACAGAGGGAAAAUUUUUGGUCUCUCUCUCUCUCUCUGUGUGUGUGCGUAUCUGUCUGAUUCCUGCGUCUGUGUGUGUAUUUUGGCAGGGCUGAGCACCGUGCAGGCGGUGCAUUCGAAGCUCACACACGCAGGUGGGCGAGUGGUCACACACACACACACACACAGAGGGAUGGUGUGCACUUUGUGGUUCUCUUUCGCCAGAGCUGCGGAAUAUGUUUCUGUGGAGCAUGGAGAGUCAGUUCUGGUGGGGCCUGACCGAAGGGGCCACCGACAAGAUGCACUCCGGGUCUUUCAUGAUCGACCUCAGUAAGACGGACGCCCUCACACACGACACGACAAGACACGCACAAGUGUGUAUAUACCAUGUGUGUGUGUGUGUUCGUGUGUGCCGACAGGUCAUUUCGCGAUGCGCAACAUCGACCAGUGGUUCGCGCGGCAGCUGUUGGUGUUUGAUGACGUCGUUGCGACAGGCCAGUGGCUGCACCCGCUGCUCGUCGGACAAGUGGUACGCUCACCCUCCCACACCCCCUCCCUCCCUCCCUCCCUCCCCUCCCUCCCUCUCUAUGUCGCUGUGUGUGUCGAAUGCCGACUGUCUGUCAGGUCGUGUGUAACCCGCCGUUUUGGAUCCGCACGCUAUGGAACUUCUGCCGCAUGUUCCUGAGCAAGGCCAUCUGCGACAAGUUCGUCUUCCUCCCCCCCUCACCGCCCAUCGACAUCCCCACCCCCACGACCUGCAAGUCGGACACCACACUCCCAUCCAGACCCACAAAGCACAGCAGUGCACAUCAUCGGCAGCCGCCCGUCAGCCCUUCAUGCGCGCCGCAGCAGCACCAACAGCAACAGCAAGACUGCGCGAGUGGGUUUGGGAGCAUUGCGGUCUUCGACCCCAUCCUGGAGCUGGUCGAUCCAGAGGUACCCACACACACACACAGUUCGGUUGUCUGGCUCGUGUGUCGCAUAGAGAGAGGAGGCCACCUGCAUCCCUUUCUUGUCUGCAGGACCUGCCGCUGUGGCUGGGGGGCAACUGCGACUGUGUCGGCGGGUGCAUCAAGAACUACGGCGCCUUCCAGGCGCACCCACACCCCUUCAAGAAGGACGCCCCCCACUCCCACAACAUCACCCUCGACCCCGCGCAGAUUCGGGCGCGGUUCCUCUCACUCAACGCCUUCCACGCACUCAAGACGGCCGACAUCCGAUCGCCAUCGAGCUUGUCCAGCCGAUGUUGCAACGAGUCAUCUGGCAGCGAAGAGCAGAGCUUACUGACGACGGUGCCGUCCUCACCGACGGUGUUGUCUUCCCCGACAAUGCCGUCCUCCCCGUUGGUGCCCUCCUCCCCGACUGCGAGUGAUGGCGUGGAUGAGGCUGCCGUCGUGGCCCGGCAAAGGCGGGGCGUGUGGCGUGCGUCGAACAGCCUGGCGGACUGGGAGAUGCUCAGGCAGGUGCACGAGGAGGUUUUCUUCAGUGUGUGACUCACUCACCUCUCUGUGUGUGUGGCUGCUCGUGAGGUGAGGCAGCUGGCUGGCUGCUGCGUGCAUAGGUACUGCAUGGCAAUGCGUUUUUGGCGUCGUGUGGUGUGUUGUGGUGUGCUUUGUGGUGUGCUUUGUGGCGUGCUGCUGGGUGAGGGUUGUGCGUGUGUGGACGGUAGGUACCGCUGCUGAUGGUAUGAUGGUAUGGGUGGAGAGAUGUUUUGCACAAUGACUGACUGACAUUGGUGGACGGGUGCUCUCGCGAAUGUGCGUGAGAGGCACAGCACCCGUAUACUGGUUGGAUGAAUGGCUGCUGAAAGGAUGGCUGCCACCCACCCCACUGCCCACUGCGCCCACUCCUGUGUGUUUGUGCAGAUGUCUAUGUGUGUGUUUGCCUGCGGGAUGGAUGGAUGGAAUGGCGAAUGGCUUUUCUGUGCUGCCCCGAUCUCUGUUGGUGUGAUGUAUGCUCUGUAAGGUGUCUUCAUCCGUCGACAUGUGCCUGUGGCGUACAAUUGCUGGAGAUUAACUUUCUCGCGUACGCAGUGGCAAAGGAGGAAGGAACACACACGCGGAUGCAUGGCUGGCUGGAUGGAUGCAUGGCUGAGUGAUACAUUGGUUCAUGCAUUUAACAUAACCCUCACACUACCUCUCCGUCUGUCUGUCUGUCUGGCUUGGCUGACACUGCUGGCUGCCAAUGUGUAUUGACUGGUGUUUCUAUCAGCCCACCCAUCUACUUAUCCAAUAUAUCAACUUUCUUCUGCACCGCCGAUAUGCCUUGGUAUUUGCUGGCUGCCUGUGGGGACCAUGCCUGAGGGGCGAUUGGGCUGGCUCCUGCCCCAACUGGUUGUCAUUCUCAAUCCGUCCGCUGUGCUCCCGUCACCAGUUCGUCUCCAGCGACCGUGGGCCAAUGGUGCGGUGUCACUUCACCGCUCCGUUGCACCACUCUCGCCAAGCACGCAUUGGUGACGGGAGGCAAGGCGAGCGUGAAGACGGUCACGCCUGUCUCGGACAGUGAGUGCACCUGCGUGUCUGUGUGGUGAGAUUGCAUGGGGGUUGGCUUCGGUGCUCAAGCCACACAAGAGGAUUUGUGCUGGUGUCUUUUCUGGUCCUCCUGUUGGUGUUGGUGUUGGUGUGUUUGUCUGUGCCAUUGCACUGCAUUGCACUGCAUUUGUCGUGAAUGCGUUUUUCGUAUUUCCUCAUAACAUGUCCAUCUACUCAUGGAGAGGCGCUUUCUGCCAGCCUCCCAUACGCUUUCUACGCUACUUCCGUCCCUCUCGCUCUCUCUCUCUUCGCUGCGUACAAUGUGGGUGCCGUAAUUAGUAGUCCCGUGUGUGCGCGCACACGUGUGUGUCCAUGUCCUCACUGACAAACAAAUGCGGCUGUGGACAUUGGAUGCGAUGGAUCGCCGGCUGCCCUGGCUGCUCUUGGCUGCCUGGCUGUCGAUGCUGUCUGUGGGUUUUCUGUCGGGUGGGUGCUGUUCGGGUGGGUGCUGUUUGCGUGGGUGCUGCGGGCAUGGACGCACAGACACUGCUGGCACAUGCAUUGAGAGCAGUCUACUGACGCGCCCAUUUCUCCCUCACUCAAUCCCCGCAGCUGUUCAUCCAUGGAGGAUUGAAGGAGUGGCUUUUCUGUGCGUGUGUGUGUGUUGUUUGAUGCUCACGGCUGCCUGGGGCUGGGGUGGGUGGGGAGGGAGGGAGGGAAGGGCGAUUUGUCUUCCUGCUGCUCACCUGCUAAGGUGUGUGCAGUAUAUCGUUUUUGGCUUUUGGCUCAUCCAUCUGUGCUGCAAUGUAAGUACUCAAAGACAGAGAGGGGAGGGCGAGUGGGGGGGUGGGAGGGGGGAUGUGUGAUGGGUACAUUGGAAGGCAGGGCUGGUAGGCUUUCAGUUCGAUGCACGCACUAUGCUGCACGGACGGCGACGUGUUUUUGCCGAGAGCCCUUCCCUCGUCGUAGGUAUACACAGAUGUUCAUUCCUUCAUCCGGACAUACACACAGACAGAGACAUUGCUUGACGUGCUAUAACUGACUGCUGUGUGGGGCUGUGUGCGAUGGGCCCGCGAGGCGACGUUCUUUCAACUGUGCCUACCCUGCAUGGGAGAAUGGGGAGGUGUCUGCACGGGCGCAGUAUGGUGGCGGGUGUCUCCGGGCACUCAGGCGGUGACUCACGACAUGGUGGUUGAACACACUGAACAUGUCACACAACCCUGACAACAGCACAAUCUUCGCCAGUCGGACAGAAUCUAACCCAACGACGAGAACCAGGUAGCUUGUGAGUCGAGUGGCAGCAGUCAAACAAAUAUAAAAUGUACACAGCGAUGACUGAGGGCUGGCUCCAAAUCACACACCGGGCCGGCGUUGUGCAUAAAAAGGCACUGAGAACUUGCCGGCCUUUGCUCCUUGCCAUUUCCCUCUGUGUCUCU